AUGUGGAGCCCGGCCCCGCUGUGCGCCCUGGGCCGGCGGCGCCCCGGGCCCUGCCCGCCGCUGCAGCCGCUGACCCGCCUGCUCCAGAGGGAAUAUCGGGGACAAACCCCGAGGGAAUAUCAGGGACAAACCCCGACCCACCUGCUCCAGAGGGAAUAUCGGGGACAAACCCCGACCCGCCUGCUCCAGAGGGAAUAUCGGGGACAAACCCCGACCCACCUGCUCCAGAGGGAAUAUCGGGGGCUGCUGGGGCAGGGCUGGGGGAGGACACUGCACCUGCCUCCCCGCCGGUUUGUAAGUAAUAAACCCAAAUCCAAGCGGAAUCCCAAAACAUUCCCGGUUCUGGACGGCCGUGUCCCCGCCGUGUACCAGCAUGCGUUUGAAGAGAAUUUAAGGAACAGCAAGGCCGUGAUUAAAAGAUACUCGGAAUUGCUGGAGAGGGUGAAGAAAGGAGGGGGAGAAAACGCCAUCCUGCGGCACACGCAGCGCAACAAGAAGCUGUUCGUGCGGGAGCGCCUGAGGCUGCUCCUGGACCACGAGGAUUUCCUGGAGCUGUCCCCACUGGCAGGGCUGGACAUGCCCUACGGGGAUGUCCCCGCUGCCGGCUGCCUCACGGGGAUUGGCAGAAUCUGUGGGGUCUGGUGUGUCUUCAUUGCAAGUGAUGCCACUGUGAAAGGAGGAACAAUUUACCCAAUUGGAGUGAAAAAACAAUUAAGAGCCCAAGAAAUUGCCAUGGAGAACAGGCUGCUGUCUGUGCACAUCGUGGACAGUGGGGGAGCCUUCCUGCCCCUGCAGUCAGAGCUGUUUCCUGACAAGCUGCACGGUGGCAGGAUUUUCUACAACGAGGCAAUCAUGUCUGCCAUGGGAAUCCCUCAGGUGGCCGUGGUGUGUGGCUCCUGUGUGGCUGGAGGUGCCUACGUGCCCACCAUGGCUGAGGAAUCUGUGAUCAUUGAUCAAAUUGGAACGUUGUUCCUUGCUGGGCCACCCCUGGUGAAAGCUGCCACGGGAGAAGAUGUCUCUCCUGAGGACCUUGGAGGAGCCAGGCUUCACUCACAAGUCAGUGGCUGCAGUGACCAUUUUGCAGUCUCAGAAGAGGAGGCCUAUGAGUGCAUUCGUAAUGUUGUCUCUACCUUAAACUUUGAGCCAGUGCCAGGGGAGGACAGGGAGCCUGACAGUCCCUUGUACAGCCCUGAGGAGCUCCUGGGUCUGGCACCACUGGAUUACAGCUGCACUCUUCCUGUCAAACUGUCAAGUCUGUAUAAUUCUUUGCAGAUUCUGAGCCGGCUGGUGGAUGGAAGCAGAUUUCAGGAAUUCAAGGCUCCUUAUGGAACAACAUUAGUGACAGGAUUUGGCCAUGUGGAAGGGCACUUGGUGGGGAUAGUGGCCAACAAUGGGGAGCUGGCUCACGAUGCUGCUCUCAAGGGCAGCCACUUUGUCCAGCUCUGUGGCCAGAGGGGAAUUCCCAUCCUCUUCCUCCAAAACACUGCUCCACAGCCAGCAGGGCCUGCAAGCAUCUCACAGGCAGAAGCUCAUUCCAACAGGCUGAAGGCCCAGGCCUCCAUGAUGGCUGCAGUUGCCUGUGCUACUGUUCCCAAAAUAACCAUUGUCAUUGGAGGCUGUUUUGGGAGUGACAGCUAUGUCAUGUGUGGGAGAUCAUUCAGUCCAAACUUUCUGUUCCUGUGGCCCAAUGCAAGAGUUGCUCUUGUGGAUUCUCAACAUUUCCCCACAGUUCCACCAGCUGGGGACUGGACAGGAGAGGAACUGGAGCUAAAACAGCUGAAGGCAAAGCCUGUUCAAUUCUCUGCCCUCUCCAGGCUAGAGGAAGAAAGCAGUGCCUUUUACUCCUCUUCCAGGCUCUGGGAUGAUGGGAUCAUUCUACCUCAAGACACCAGGAAGGUGAUUGCCCAGUGCUUGGAGAUCAUGGAACAGAAGAAGUUCCAGACUGUGUUGUCCCAUCCCCAUCCCAUCAUCAGGAUGUAA